AUGGCCCUUAUUCCAGGAUCAGAGAGCCAAUAUGGAAAUUCUGCCAGUUACCAGAGCGGAGCUGCCUUGCCCCAGGAAAAUGGAGAAGAAAACAAAGAAAGGAAACAGGAAGCAACUAACAGGAAUGAGCCUAUUGAGAGUUCACAGAGUUCAGCACUGAGUUCUGCAUUAGAUUUCGACAAAGAUGGGGAAGAAGAAACAACAGAUGAAAUCAAAUCUGAAGAAUCAAAACUGGAGCAGCCAGGGAUCUCAACUGUAAAGGAAUCUAACAUUGAAAUCUCAAAGAAUGUUGUAAUUAGAGAACCUGCAAGUGUGGUUUUCAAUGUAGAUCAAACUGUACUGGAUUCAAAGCUAGAUCUACCAUGGAAGAAAAAUCUUUUUGAACGAGUGGAGGCAAGAGCUCAAGCAAUGCAGCAGAAAAUAUUAGAUAAGGAUAAACUGAAGAAAGAACUAGAAAAAAAAGCUGAGAAAAAAAUCCCUAAGGAAACUUUGGCCAAAGAGUGGUUUAAUAUUGACAACAUGACUCUGAAUACUCGUGCAUAUUUGCUUGACAAACUUCUACCCACCUUAGUGGUUGGAAUGGAAAAUAUGUUAAUGCAAGUGGAUAAAAAGAAGCUUUUGUCAGAAGCUGAUAUUCCAACUAAGUUUGAUCCAAUUAUUUAUUUGGGGGAAUAUUUAAUGAGAAAUAAUCCUCUUUAUAUCAAAGACGCAGGAAUGUCUGGUUAUCAGAGGGAGAUGAAAAAUGUCACAGAAAAUCUGAAGAUACAUAUUACCAACACUAUCUGCAACAGAGUAUCCAGGAUGAAGGAGAAGAUUAAAGAGAAACAAGAACAAAGAGAAACCAUAAGCCAAGUCAAAGUCCAGGUGGCCAACCUACGGAAACAGGCUCUGCAGGAGCAGUUCAAUGAAUGGAUUCUAGACCCUAAGGGAACGAUUCCUAUGAGAGUGAUUCAGAAUGCUCUUCAUGAUUUUUUUCAAAAUCCAGAUUUCAAGCUUGGUAAGCAUGCCAAUUACUACAUUUGCAAACAGUUGGAUAUUGCUGACUCAAUGGAGCAAAGAUUGAACAAAAUGGAAUUUAUAGAAUACGUCUCUUCGCACAUUGCAGACUUGAAAAGUGAAAUAUUUGAAGAACUCCUUAAGCACCUUUGCCACAGUGCAGAUGAAUUCCGGGAGGUCAUAAGAACGGAUAUGCGGAGGCAGAUGUUUGUUGAACUCUUCCUGCACUGUGACAGUGGGAAGGUAGGGUUUUUGGAUCGGCAGAGGACAUUGGCCUUGCUGGAAACAUUCUACGACCAAAGUCCAAAAAUGCUUAGACGUUUACUCCGAAACCCAAGACAAUGGCCACUCAUUGAAUUUGAAGAGAUAGAGUUGUCUGAGUUCUGGGGAGACAUGGAUAAUCAGAAACACAUUUAUGAAGACUUUGACAAUGUGUUCUUAGAGAUGAAUGCAUCACUGUCUGAAAAAAAUGCUAGUAAAAAACAAAGUAAAUUGCUCAAAAAAACAGAAGAGCUACAUAAAUAUGAUAAACAUAAAAAAUCAACACUAUUGCCGAGCCUACCAGAACAGCAGAGGGGAACAAUUGCAGGACAAGACCCAAACAAAAUUUUAAGUGAAGAUCUAAACUCAGAGUCAAUAACAGCACUAGGACAGCAGAAAGGGGCAACAGUGCGACCAGGAUCACGCAGAGGGUCACGCAGAAUGUCAGUAAUAGAAGAACCACAAAAAGAUUCAACUGCAGAACGAGGAUCACGCAGAGGAUCACGCAGAAUGUCAGUAAUAGAAGAACCACAGAAAGGGUCAAAAGAAGAGCCAAGCAGAGAGCCAGUAGCAGAACAAGGAGUACCUAGAGAGGCAAUUGUAGAAGAAGAAUCACUCAGAGAGUCGGGAAUAGAAGGAUCCAGCAGAGAGUCAGAAGCAGAACAAGGAGUACAGAGAGGGGCAACUGCAGAAGAAGGGUUUAGAGAGUCACGAAGAGGAUCACGAUCACGCAAAGGAUCACGCAGAAUGUCAGUAAUAGAAGAGCCAUAUAAAUGGCUCGCUGAAAGACAAGAAUCACCCGGAGAAGAGACAAUUCCAGAGGAACAGGACGUAGCCUCAACUUCACAAACAAGGGAAGGUAAUAUCUUAAAAGAAAGUAAAACAUCUAGGGAGGUUACUUCCUUUGUGCACACUGAAAUCCUUCCACAAGAAUAGAAUGCUCAGGAGCAAAUAUAUGAAGGGAAACUAUUCAUGAUUUCUGAACUGCAAGAAAAAGAUUAGUAUGAAGUAGAAGAGAUAAUCAGUUCUCUGCAUUUUCUUUUGUACCUUUUAGAAACUGCAAAGAAGAAAGUUGAGAAAGACAAAGCCUGUGAACCCAAGUCCCAAAACAUAGAAGGAAAGCCAUGGCCAGGUGAACUUUUGACUUGUGACUUGAAGAAGUAUAUAAAAUGCGAAGAUGAGGAACAGGCAAAAUUAAUCUAUGGUAACUCCAGAUUCACAGACCUACAUUCAAUUAUCAGAAAUAUUCAGUCUUACAAAGAAGUGAAAGGAAGGAGUGCCUUCAAUGGAGUUUCCCUUAAUCUGCUCCAGUUUGUGCAACUCCUAGAGACAUUUGUUGGUGAAGAUGCCCCCUUGAGUACCAGCGAGACCCUCACCUCCUUUUUCAAGUGGGGCUAUGCUGAAACAAAAGAAGAGAAAAUGAGUGACUUGGAAGAGGCUAUACAAAACACUUCCCAAAUUCGACGGGGACUUCUCCUAGAAGCCCUCUUUCAGUUGUGGGACAGUGAUGGCUCAGGCUUCCUAGAUCUGAAUGAAGUUGAUGAACUCUUGUAUACAUACAAGGAGGGAAUGGAAAAAGAAGCUAUGAAGACAGCUAAAUUACACAUCCAAUUUCCAAAGCCACACCCUGGUCAAGAAGUGAGGUUGUCUUCAAAACAGUUUCAGAAAUACAUAGAAUUGGUUGUAUCUGAACUCAGGGGCAAUGAAUACCAGGUUCUGGAAAGCCUGGUGGAGUUUCUGAUGACCAGCUUAGAAAGAAGCCAUUUUGAGGGUCUGAGGAACAGUGCCAGACGGAAGUGGCUGCACCAAAUUCAACAUGCUGCAGAAACAAGUGGGGUAUCCCUGGAGCCAGUGUACACUGAGACUUUUAAGGCCCUCACACAGGAUGCUCAAGUCCAUGGAAAUAAGAAGAUCAGUGCUCAUAUUUCCCUCUUAGAAGAAAACCGACUACUGCCUCAUAGAGGGGCUGUUCUAUUAAGGAAUGUAGCUUGUACUUUAGAUGAUGCUCCAUUUGUACUGAACAAAGUGCUCUACAGGGACAUGAAGGGAAUCAGCUUUACAGUAAUAGAUAAAGGGAAGCCAGUUCAUGUCCCUCAAGUUCAGCACCAUGGGAACAUUUUCUUCUGGAACGAUUCCCGCAAGGAGAAUGAUAAAAAUGGAUCAUUCUUGGCUCUGCCUCUUCAGAAUGCAUAUAUGAGGAUCUUUGGGGUCCUGGCUAUUGACACACUAAGAGAUCCCCAGAAAAUAAACAUCUUCUUGCCUCAUGAGAUCAAAUUCUAUCAGGGUGUUGCCAAUGUCUUCAGCACUGCCUAUCACUAUGUCCACAGCCGGGAGCACAUCCUGCACGUUGUGAUCACGGGCAUCAGCUGGCUCUACGACAACAUACCAGACAUUAACGCCAUCUCUACAUACUUCAUUGAGCCUAGCCCAGAGCAGGGUUCAGACUAUGUUUUACGCAAUAUGAUGGUCACAGGGCCCCUAGGUCUAACAGAAAUCCACAAAAAUCCCCCUACCGUCUUCAGGAAGACAUGCAUCUUCAGGGAUUUCCUUUUUAAGUGUACAGACAGUUCAGAAGUUCUUUUGACCUCUGUCUGUGGAGAAAACCACAUUGCAAUUCCACUUCGUGAGAGAACAGGAGAGGCUCUGGGGGCUCUCGAUUUUAACAUUGGCAAGAGGAAGAUGUUGUUUUAUCGAGAAUUUAAAGAUCUACAGAAAAUGGUGAAGGUGACCCAAGCUGCCUGCUAUGAAAUACUGGACGAGUUAUCUGGAGAAAAAGAGAAAAAUCGUAUCUUAGAGAUUGAAAAUGCAGGAGAAGUCCAGCAGGCAGGAGUUCUCUUCUUCCGAAUCAUGCUGCAAGAGCUGCAGAAAAGCCUUCGGCAGCUUACCUCCAUGGACUUUGUAUCACUGUUGCUCCAUGAUUACCGUUCUGCAAUACAAUCAAAUAAAUCUCUGACAGCCAGCCAGUUACACGAGUUGGAAGCCAAUGCAAAACUAAUACCUGACAUCCUGACAGCGGUUAUCUUGUUCAUUCAUCCAGAGUUGGAAUCAUCACAUGAAUUAGAAAUUUGGGAUAAAUGUAAACUGUACUUUAACAAACACUUAGUUGAGAGUAUUUGUGCCUUUGAUCCAACUGCGAAGAAUGUAAAAGUUAAUUUAAAGCUCAUUGGUAACUAUCUCAAAGGUCAUUCCCGAAUCAAUGUGUGGAAAUUGCAUAGUAUUGUCAUGGAGUACCUAUACCAUUGGUCACACAUCUGUUUAGCUCUCAUAGAACUAAAGAUAAAACUAAAUGGUGCUAUUAUACCCCCAUUGCCCUCAAAGACUGACUCCUGUGUGUAUGCCAAAAUGCCAGGUGCAAGCUUGCUAGGUAAAUGA